AUGUCGACAUCGGGUCAAGUCCAGUCUCACGGGUUCCAGACAUCCAUUGAUAUCGUCCGCCGACAGGCGUAUCACGUAGCGCCAGUGGCAGGACAGAAGCGACCCUCAACAGAGCCCACAGAGCAGGUUCCCGAUAUUCCACCUGGUCCAGUCGUAAAACAAGCUACUUUCCCCCACCAAAAUGUUAAUACAGACACCAUAUUGGAAUCACUUCCGCUGCAGUCUGCCCGAGAUCUGCUAACCGCCCCCGUCCAUCGCUUUACCGCAAGCAAGAUUCGUCUCGGCGCGGGCGCGGGCGCGGAGCCAUCCCUGUAUGAUCCUCAAAAAGCUGUGGCUGCGACUGCCCCUCCUUCCAGUCAGAAUCCCUUGCUCUCCCUGUCUAAUCCAAAGUAUGGUCUGCCGCCCGCUCUCACAGCCAAUUUUGCCGCACUCGGUGUCAGCAGUAUUUACCCGUGGCAGGCAUCUUGUCUGCUGGCUAGGGGCUUGCUCUCCGGUGAACGUCAUUUGGUUUACACGGCACCGACGGGCGGUGGCAAGUCCCUUGUUGCGGAUGUUCUGCUUUUGAAACGCAUUAUCGAAAACCCAGUGCGUAAAGCGCUGUUGGUUUUGCCUUACGUUGCUUUGGUUCAGGAGAAGCUCAAGUGGAUGCGUCGCAUUGUGCAAGAUGUGGAAAGGAAUAUCCCGGAUGAUGAUGAAGAUGACUCUAAAUUCCCUCGCAGGCGAUGGAAAAAAUUGCACAAGAACAUCAGGGUGACGGGCUUCUUUGGUGGAAGUCGGACGACGGCCACUUGGGCUGAUACUGAUAUUGCCGUUUGUACGAUAGAGAAGGCCAAUUCCUUGAUAAACAGCGCGAUUGAAGAGUGUAGCAUUGGAGACUUGGGAGUCGUGGUUCUCGACGAGUUACACAUGCUCGAUGACGAACACCGGGGUUAUCUCUUAGAAUUGAUGGUCACGAAGUUGCUGUUAUUACAGCAGGACAUCCAGAUUGUUGGGAUGAGUGCCACGCUUUCUAACACCGAGAUGCUGGCACAAUGGAUGAACGCCAAGUUCUACAUCUCUACAUACAGGCCAAUCCCCAUCGACGAAUACUUGGUAUAUGAAAAUGGCAUCUACCCAGCUGCAACCUCGAGGCAAUUGUUCCAAACGGCAUCUAAGCUGACUGCUGCUGCGUCCUUGCACGAUACUAUCCCUCCCCACCGAACCAUUGAACCUUCUACCUUCAAGCAGCUCAGCAACUCCGCCACAAAUGCCAUGGUGGCGCUAGCAGUCGAAACCGCGGCCGCUGGGUUUGGAUCAUUGGUGUUUUGUGGUAGCCGACACGCAUGCCAAAUCCACGCCGUGACUAUCGGUGAAGCGAUGCCGCCAGCGGAGCCGGAAGAGUUGAACAAGCGACUCGACCUUCUCGCAGAACUGCGCAGCCUCGCUUGUGGGCUGGACCCGGCUUUGGAGACAACAAUCAUCAAAGGAUCAGGGUUUCACAAUGCUGGCAUGACCACCGAAGAGCGGGAGCUAAUUGCACAGGCCUAUGACCAGGGUGUGAUCAAAGUCCUCGUGGCCACAUGCAGCCUUGCCGCUGGUGUAAACCUCCCGGCGAGACGAGUUAUCAUCAACGGUGCGCGCAUGGGCCGUGAACUAGUAGGUCCAGCUUUGCUUCGUCAAAUGUGUGGUCGUGCUGGCCGCAAAGGCAAGGACGACGCCGGCGAAACCUACCUCAUCUGUGUGAAAGCUGAUAUGCAGGCUGUCUGCGAUCUGUUGGACGCUGAUAUGCCAGCUAUUGAGAGCUGCCUGGCACCGGAGAAAAGAGGCCUCAAGCGGGCUUUACUCGAAGCAGUAGCAACGGGACUGGUAUCCGGCUGCGAGGCGAUCAAAGAAUAUGUUCGGUGCACGCUCCUUUACCGCACAUUGGACAAGAAGAUCGCAUACACCAUCAUGAGAUCCGCUCUCCAGGAACUAGUCGACGAAGAACUUCUUAUUUUUCGAGACGAUGAAUCCUACGAAGCCACACCAUUAGGACAGGCAGUCGUGGCCUCGGCCUUUUCACCCGAAGACGGCUUGUUCGUCCACGAAGAGCUGAAACGAGCAUUACAGGCCUUCGUCAUGGACGGUGACAUGCACAUAUUCUACAUGUUCACCCCGCUCCAAGCAGCCAUGAACACCCCCAUCGACUGGCAGAUCUUCCGCGAUCAACUAGACAGGCUAGACGAGAGCGGUCUAAGGGCUCUGCAAUUUGUCGGAGUCCAACCAGGUUUCGUCAACACAAUGGUCCAAUCAGGCGCCUCCCUAAAAGAAACCACCCCAACCCUAAUAAAACAAGCCCGCAUCUACCGCCGUGCCUACACAGCCUUCCAACUCCGCGAUCUCAGCAACGAAGUCCCCCUCUCAACAAUAGCCCACCGCUACAAAAUCCCCCGUGGCACAGUCCAAACCCUGGCACAGCAGUGCCAUGGCUUCGCCGCCGGCAUCGUCAAGUUCUGCCAGCGCAUGAACUGGGGCAUGAUGGCUGCCGUUUUGGAUCAUAUGCGUGAUAGACUUGAGGCUGGGGCGCGCGCGGAUCUGCUCGAGAUGGCCCAGGUUACUUUUGUUAAGAGUUGGACGGCGCGUUUGCUGAGGGAUAAUGGGUUUAGGAAUUUGAGGGCUUUGGCCGAGGCGGAGCCGAAGGAUUUGGUUCCUGUUCUUAUGAUGGCCAAUCCUCGCAAAGCGCAGAAAAGCCAGCUCUAUCCGACAGAGGCGGAGAGGUAUGCUGCGAAAUUGUUGGUUAAGGCUGAGACGAUUAUUGCGCAUGCGAUCAAGAUCUGGGAACGAGAGAUGCAGAUCGAGGUGGAGGAAUAA